AUGAAAGAGUGGUCUUUCAGGAUUGGUCGUUCUGUGUCAUCACCUUCCACCUAUCCUACACAUUCGUUCAAGGGCGGUACGCUCUACUCUCUCGCGACCCCUACUCUAACGAGUAAGCAAGUAAACUGCUUUUUGAAGCGCCAGUCGCGUAGGGCGACCGGGCCAGGCCGAGUCAGAAAGGCUUUGAUGACUCAAGGCUUAGAGGGUGGUCCCCCUUUCUCGCGUAAAAGCGAUCAGAAUUCAAACAUGCCGCGUUUUACUGGGAAGGAUCAAACCAUGGGAACGAAUCUACAAGGCUAUCACCUUCUUUGGCCAGAUCUUCCAACCUUUUCACAAUUACAGUUCACUGCGCCUUUUAAAUUAAAUGAAAGGGGCUUGCUGGUUUUUCCAUCAUCCAAUCCACAACAAAUUGAAUGA